UGAAGGAAACACAGUAGUAGCCAGCUACAGCCUUAGUGAUGGGCUCCAGGUGGUGGUGUGUGAGGGUGACAUCACCAGUCUGGAUGCUGACGUCCUGGUGAAUGCUGCUAAUGAGGAUUUGGACCACAGUGAAGGGGUUGCUGCUGCGCUGAGUCAAGCAGGUGGUCCUGAUGUGCAGUGUGACAGUGAUGCUUUAGUGAAGCACAAUGGAAAAAUUCCUACAGGGGAAGUAGUAGUGACCACAGGCGGUAACUUGAAAUGCAAGAAACUUCUGCAUGCUGUGGGGCCUGUGGGUGGAGAAGCAGGAGGCAGAGAGAGAAUCUUACUGGAAAGAACUGUCCAACAUGCCCUUAAUUUAGCAGAAAUGAUGAAGUUCAAGUCCAUCGCCAUGCCGUGUAUCAGCUCAGGCGUGCAUGGUGUUCCUGUAACAGUGUGCUCUGAGGCUAUUGCAACUGCUGUUAAAGAGUUUAGUAGUCGGCGUGAUCGCAGUCUGAGCAGAAUAAUACUGAUAGAUGACAGAGGAAAGGUGGUGAGGGCCAUGCAGGAGGCGUGUGACAGGAUUCUUGAAGGGAUAAGUAACAGAAACAAUGUGGCAAGUGAUGUGGAGUUUCCGGUGGAUGCUGAUAGCCAAGAUGCAGAAAGACGAGCUGCUGCUGGAGCUCCUGGAGGCAGAAUCCGUGUAGAGAUUGUUCAGGGGACCAUUGAAACACAGCAGGUUGAUGCACUGGCAUCUCCAAUGGUCGGCAAUGAUCCCCUGUCGACCCGUGUUGGGAACAUUUUAAACAAGAUGGUUGGUUCUCAGAUGACCUCAUUGUUUAGAAAGGCAGGAGGAGAUGAAAGUGACCAUGGUGACUCGGUGCUGUUGGAGGGGUUGGCUGGACUUCCAUCUGAUGCAGUACUCUUCGUCAACCUCAUUCCCUGGAAUGAUGACCUAGAUGGAACUGCAGUGGAGGUUCUCAGACUGGGCAUCAACAACAUCCUGACUUCCUGUGAGGAGAGAGGGUUUGGAUCUGUUGCUCUGCCUGUACUCGGAGCUGGGAUUGCCCUGCGUUUUCCUGACAGUGUGGUAGCCAAGAUUUUACUGGAGCAGGUUAAUGCAUUUCAGCAGAACCGGGCCAGCAGCACACCGCUUGUGGUUCGCAUUGUCAUUCACCCUGAUGCCAGUGAGGUUCUGCAGGCCUUUAAAUUUGUCCAAGAAGCCUUGGAAGUCUGGCAAGACCAAAAUCAAGCACCGACUACAAAGAGGCUCAUCCUGCUGGGGAAAACUGGAAGUGGGAAAAGUCACCUGGGUAACACCAUAUUUGGAGAAGAUCUUUUCACUGCAUACCACUCUCCUAACUCUGGAACUACAGUAUGCCAGGCAGAGACCACGUCUGUCAAUGGAAGGAGCCUCACUUUGAUCGACACCCCUGGUUUCUUUGACACGGAGAAGUCUGAGGAGGAUCUAAAGCCUGAGAUAAUGAGUUGUAUGACAGAGUGCUCCCCUGGGCCCCAUGCUUUCCUCAUUGUACUGAAAGUGGACAAAUUCACACAGCAGGAGCAGGAAGUUGUCAGUAAAAUAUGCCAAUAUUUCUCAGAAGAUGCUUUAAAAUAUGCUGUGGUUGUCUUCACACAUGGGAACCAGCUGCCUGAAGGGAUGAAAAUUGAAGAGUUUGUCAGUCAGAACCAGAAGCUGAGUGAUCUAGUGGAGAGAUGUGGUGGCCGGUGCCAUGUUUUUGAUAGUAAAUACUGGAAAAACAAUGAGCCCAAUAAUUACAGGAGCAACUGUUUCCAGUUGGAGGCGUUACUCUGUACAAUAGAUGAGAUGGUGAUGGAAAAAAAUGGAGGCUACUACACCAAUGAUGUUCUGCAGAAUGUGGAGAAACAAAUACAGAAACAGGAGGAGCAAAUAAGAGAGUCAUCAGGAAACUUCUCCCCAGAUGAGAUCAGAAAACAGGCUAAAACCAAUGUCACUAAUGAACUUUUGAUCCAGUUGGCAGGGACGGCAACGGGAACUUUGCUAGGGGCCUUUUUUGUUGUAGCAGCCAUGGUUGAAGCUGUUAAAAGAAACGUGAAAAAGCCAUUAGAUAUAGUGAGACUUGUAAAAAACAAUAUCCCAGCAUUGUCAAGGGCACCUGCAGCAGCUGCAGUAGAAGGACAGGUAGUACUAGCUGCUGGAGUGAUAGCCGGUGUGGGGGCGGCUACUGCAGGAGGGGUAAUGGGUGGUGUCAUCGGGCAUAAAGCAGCUGAGGGAGCAAAAUCACCAAUGGAGGCAGCAAAGAGGGCAUAUGAGGAUGUCUUAAAGAAAAGAAAAGAAAUGCUAAAUUAAAGAUGCGUUAAUGGAUGAUUAAUGACCUUCUUGUUGUUUCCUGGGUGUCAUUCUGUGCCUUUUGACUGUUGAUGAACAUUUUUAUCUGUCCACUAAUCUAGUCACACAGCUCUGAUGUAAAUGAUCCAGUGCAAUCCAAGCAGGCAUCUAAUGCAACUUUAUAGAGUCCUGGUAGAGGUCGAGUCCGUACUUGCAUCAGGCAGAUCUGGAGAACUGGUUUAAUCAGAGCAGAACCUCUAAUGAGGUAGCUGCUCCAGAUUUUGCCAACUCUAUACACCAGAAAAAUUAGAAGAGUUGUAGGAAAAUUAAAGCACUGCGCAAGAUAAAUAUGUUGCUGUUAUAAAUUGUUUUAUUUUUGUCUUUUUGUUCUUAUGGUGCACUUUCAAGUUUUUAGUUUUGGGGAUAAAUAAAGCUUGAAUUACAACCGUUUCUGCUGCUCUGAAGGUGUGAAUGAAGUGCAAUAGUAAAGUUACUAAAUAUUAUAUUGUAAAUGUUAACAUUAAUACUAUAUGGAAU